UACUUGAUUGACUUACCUUUGACAAGUAGCACAUUAUAACCGUUAAUAAGGAAGUAACAGGCGGGGCAAAGGUCUCUGUGGUUGUUCAAGGCCAAAAAGGAGAAGCAGCUAUUUACGUAGUCACUUGCCAAUAUGAGAGGGGACCAGAGGUUACAGAGGGAGGACAUGCUUAAGAAUUAAAAGACAACAUCAGUGGGAUAAAGUUAAUAUUGGACUGCGUUACCUCAGACACGAAGAAAUUCUUUGCCAACCUUAAGUGUUGCUGUUUUUGUCAACACACCCGUGGAAGUAUACUGAAAAUAGAAUCUUGAAGGUUAUCUUUGGACAACAAAGGAAUUUAACAAGUUCAUAGUAUGCGUGUAGCUUAAUUAACCGUGAUAACGAUGAAGCCUUUAUCUUUCAAAGUCACCUCAGACCACUUUCGGCUGUGCGUCUUCCUGAGUCUACUUUUGGUUGUCACUGACUCCAAUGCUACACCAGCACCAGUAUCAACACCAGCAUCAACACCAGCAUCAUCACCGGCAUCAACACCAGCAUCAACACCAGCAUCAUCACCAGCAUCAACACCAGCAUCAUCACCAGCAUCAACACCAGCAUCAUCACCGGCAUCAACACCAGCAUCAACACCAGCAUCAACACCAGCAUCAUCACCAGCAUCAACACCAGCAUCAUCACCAACACAAACAUCAACGCCAAGCACAACGCUUUCAACAACAGUGACUAGCACAACAGAAGCCACAACGACGACAGCACCGCCAACGACUACAACGACAACCCCUCCAACAACAAAACCACCUCCUGACAAUGUCAAGGAUGUGCGGGUGUCGUCACAAAAUGAGAGCAGUAUAACUCUGGUGUGGGACAAGGUUGACAACAUACUAACAUACUUCCUAAAGUAUGAUAACAAGGGUCUCAAGGUGGUUCCUAUCAAUGCAUUAGAAGCAGGGCCAUCAGUUACACAUGUGGUCUGUUCGCUUACUGCUGGAAUAGAAUAUGAUUUCACUCUCUUCACUUCAUCUGAGGGAGGCAACAGUACUGGAUACAAAUUUCAGGCUGUCACUGCUCCUCUUAACGCAAACGGGUUCAAGUCAGUCAACCAAAAUGAGACAACAGUAACCCUACAGUGGGAAAAAGUGAACAACGUCUCCAACUAUAGACUUGUGUUCAAUGGCAAGACGAUAAACAUCCCUGCAUCAGAGGAGGAUCCAGUGACACACAUAGUCUCAGACCUCACAAAUACAACAAGAUACAACUUCACUCUCUUCACUGUGUUUGAAAAUGUCACAAGCCGCGGAGUAAACAUCAUUGCAUUUACUGCACCUCCUGAUGCAGAAGGGUUCGAAUCAGUUGAACAAAGUGAGACCAAUAUAACUCUGCAGUGGAAAAGAGUGAAUGAUUUGGUCAACUAUACACUUGUGUAUUCUGGAAAGGAGAUACACAUUUCUGCAUCGACAGAAGAGGAACCAAUAAAAUACACAGUCCCAGAGCUCACAAGUGGGACUAAAUACGACUUCACGCUCUACAGUGUGUUUGAAACUGUCAGAAGCAGUGGAGUAAAACACAGUGCACCCACUGCUCCUAAAAAUGUGCCGUACGUGAAUUUGUUGACACGAAAUGAGAGCAGUAUAACUCUGGUGUGGGACAAGGUUAACGACAACUCAACAUACCUCCUACAAUAUCAUAAAGAAGGUCAUCUUGAGGUGGACCCUAUCCCUGCACCAGUGGGAGGGUCAUCAGUUACACAUGUGGUCUCUUCGCUCACUGCUGGGACUAUGUAUCAUUUCACUCUCAUCACUCAGUUUCAGGGAGUCAACAGUACUGGACACAGAUUUGACGCUGUCACUGCUCCCCUUAAUGCAAAACAGUUCAAAGCGGUUGGACAAAAUGAGACCAGUAUAACCCUCCAGUGGGAAAAAGUGAACGGUGUCCUCAACUAUACACUUGAGUUCAAUGAAACGAUGAUAAACAUCACUGUAUCAGAGGAAGAUCCAAUGACAUACACAGUCUCAGACCUUGAAAGCAUGAGGAGAUACAUCUUCACUCUCUUUACUGUGUUUGAAAAUGCCAGAAGCAGCGGAAUAAACACAAUUGCAUUUACUGCACCUCGUAACACAGAAAAGUUUGAAUCAGUUGAACAAAAUGAGACCAGCAUAACACUGCAAUGGAAACAAGUGAAGAAAGUCCUCAGCUAUACACUUGUGUUCAAUAAAAUGGAGAUUAAUGUUGCUGCUUCAGCGGGACUUCAAGUGAAACACGCAGUCACAGAGCUCAAAAGUGGGACGAAAUAUCACUUCACCCUCUACAGUCUGUUUGAAACUGUGAGAAGCAGUGGAGUAAACUACAGUGCACCCACUGCUCCACGUAACACACAAGAGGUAAAAGCAGUUGGACAAAAUGAGACCAGUAUAACUCUGCAGUGGGAAAAAGUGAAUGACAUCCUCAGCUAUACACUUGUGUUCAAUGAGACGGUUAUAAACAUCACUGCAUUAGAGGGACUAAAAAACGUGACACACGCAGUCUCAGGGCUCACAAGUGGGACUAAAUACAAUUUCAUUCUCUUCACUGUGUUCGAAAAUGUCAGAAGCAGUGGAGUAUAUCACUCUGCAGUCACUGCUCCAGCAAACGUUAACAACGUAGCUGUGGUGACACAGAAUGAGAGUAGUAUAAUUCUGAAGUGGGACAAGGUAAACGACAUCUCAACUUACUUCCUACAAUAUGAUAACAAUGGAAGUUUCAUUGAGGUCAAUCAAGAGGCAUCAGUUACCUAUGAGGUCUCUUCACUUAAUGCCGGGACAAAAUAUAAUUUCACCCUCAUCACUCGCUUUGAGAAAGUCAACAGCACUGGAUUCUCGUUUUGCGCUGUUACUGUUCCCUCAAUGGUGCCUUUGGUCAAUGUGACUGAACGCUCCGUGACCAGCAUAAAAAUGACGUGGCAGAAUGUGAAUAAAGACUGGAACUACUUUCUCCUAAUUGAUGGAGGAAUUACCCAAAGUCUCCGAGAUCAAGACCCGGAUGUUGUGUCCCGUUCAGUCACGUCUCUCCAGCCUGGGACAGCGUAUCCUUUCAGCGUGAUCACAGAGUUCUCUGGACACAACAGCACUGCGUACAAAGGCUUCACAGUAACAACAAUAGACUGUGCCAAUGUCAACUGGCGUGUUACGAACUCAUCAAUCCAAGGAGUGGUCGAAGGCUUAUUCUCGAAUGCCACAGUCACUAAUCAAUCACAAAUUCAUGUCAGCCCUGGAGGCAGCAAUGUGACAUUUACAGAUCUUUACCCUGGCGCGACCUACAACAUGUCUCUUGUGUAUGAAAAAGAUUCCAUGUCCUUUUCUCAGUGUAACCACACGCUGACAAUCAAGCCUCCAAUGUUAAGUGCUCACUGCAAGAACUGGGCAGCUGGCUACUCUAUCCUUAUUGUCUGGAAUGAACCUGAAGGUGUGUGGACUGACGUGGAGGUGAAUGUGACGGGGGGUAGUCACAUAGUGGCUGAUAAUGGGCAACGGCAACUCACAAUCCCUGGAUUCCUACCUGCCAGAACAUAUGAGGUGUCUCUAACUUCACUGUCUGGGCUAGAGAGGAGUUAUGAACCAUUUGUUUUUCAGUGUUCUACUGAUCCAAGGGGAGUCAUUGCAGGGUCAGUAUUUGCUGUUCUGCUUUUUGCUAUCCUGGUCUGUCUAGCUGUCUUCAUUUUUUUGAAAAGACCAGAUAUAAUCAGCAGGAAAAAGUCAUUCAUUGGUGGUUCCAGACAAACCGAUAAAAAGUGCAAAGCAAUUUCUGUGGCAAAGUUCCCAGACCACUUCGCCCAGUUAAGUGCAGAUGAGAACAGAGGUUUUACCCAGGAAUAUGAUAGCCUUGCGCCUGUGGGCACAGAGCAAACACGUAAGGCAGCGGGUCUACCUGAGAACAAAGCGAGGAAUCGUUUCAACAAUGUCCAGCCAUAUGACUGGUGUCGGGUCAAACUAACUUCAUCCAGUCACAAUGGAACCUCUGACUACAUUAAUGCCAGUUACAUGCCAGGCUACAACAGCAACAGAGAAUUCAUCGCCACUCAGGGUCCUCUGCCCGCCACAGUCGAUGAUUUCUGGAGGAUGAUCUGGGAGCAAAGAGUAAAAGGCAUUGUUAUGGUAACCAACUGCACGGAGAACGGACGGAUUAAGUGUGAACGAUACUGGCCUGCAGACAGUCAGCCCUGCCCUUACGGAGAGCUGUUGGUCACUGUCAGCUCUGAGCAGCAGGAGCCCAACUGGACACUGAGGGAAUUUAGGGUGAAACAAAGGAACACCUCGGAGGAGCGCACAGUGAAACAUUUUCACUUCACCGCCUGGCCUGACCACGGAGUCCCACAGGGCACAGAAGUCCUGAUCCAGUUCAGAGGACUGGUGAGACAGCACAUAGAGAGCGCAGAGACUGGAGCGCCAACUGUGGUUCACUGCAGUGCUGGAGUGGGGAGGACAGGCACCAUCAUAGCCCUGGAUGUGCUGCUUCAGCAGCUUGCUAAACAAAGAGCAGUGGGCAUCAAAGGCUUCGUGUACAAGAUGAGACUGAGCCGACCGUACAUGGUGCAGACAGAGUCCCAGUAUGUGUUCCUGCACCAAUGCAUCAUGGACAGUCUGCAGCCACGUGAGAAGACAGAGGAGAACAUAUACGAGAACGCGGACAUGAUAUACGCCAACGCCACUGCGCUGCGGGAGUUUCAUAGUGCAAAUGCCUAAAGAAGACUGGCAGCACUCAAGUCAGUCCUUUAAGCACUUAAUGACAAACUAAUCUUAAUGUCUACAUGCUAUAUUUUGUUAUAAACUGUAAAUACGUAAUACAUUGAAGUCGUAUAUAUUCACUGUACAUGUAUUACAAAUAUUAUAUAUGUAUUCUAACACUCCAGAUUUUAUUUAACUUGUACAUUCUUUUGUCUCUCGUAUCUACCAAAUGUGUAUUCUUGUUAAUCUUAUAUCAUGUGAGGGAACAGAUGACCGCAGAAUGUUUUCAAAUUAAGUUUAUUAAGAAAAAGAAAUGUAGGCAGAAAAGAAUGAUUUUCUAUUUGUACAAGAAAUAAACUAUUUUUUAUUAACAAAAA